AUGUGUGCUGUUGGGGGAUUGGACGGUGCCUUCUGUGAGCUGGUCCAGUGCGCCUGUCCCGCGGGGCCCUGCAGCCUGAAGGUGGAGGUCCCCUCCUGUGCUGUGGGACCACUGCGCUCUGCAGAGGACCUGGCCCCCGAGCUGCUUCCCAGGACAGAUGCCACCACGGGGGUCCCCAUCCAGGCGGCCGCAUCUGCUCAGACCAGCAUCCCGACCUCACAGCCUGCCGUCUGGCCCAGAAGCCCCCACGGCCUUCCUCCCGGCCCUCCCUGCACCCUCAGCCUCUCCACGCCCCGGCCUGGGCACCAGCAGCUCCGGCCCCACGCUCAGUGUCCCGCUGCUGCCUUCCCAGCCCUGGGCCCUGAGGACGCUGCGGAUCCUGUCGCCCCUCGCUUCCCACAAGCUGAUGCUCAGGCACUUCCGAGUCUGCGGUUCCGGGUUCAAAUCACUCCCGAAGCCGCUCUGUGUCUGGUGAUGGACUUCGGGGAUGGUUCUGGGGUUCAGAUGAGGACCCACCGUGCUACUGGGGACGUGACUGUCACCACCUUCCACCGGUACAGGAGAGACGGUGUCUACGCGCUCCAGGUGGUCCUUUACAGUGAGUCUCACGGAGCUGAGGUGCGACUUGGGCCUUACUACGUGGAACUGGGCCCCGAGGCCACAUCUGUGUUCCUGAAUGCCAGCAGUGUCCUCAGGGGCCACAUGUGUGCCUUCGGGGGCUCCCCCACGGAUCCGAGAAGCACCACCGUUUCCCACCGUUUUCCACCCACUUCCUCCUGUAACGUGUCCUUCGCCUUGCAGACCCACGUGGGGGGCAGGCGGGCCUGGUCCAGCAUGGCCGUGCGAUAUCGGAUGCAGCCCGUCUCUGUCUACACCAAUGGAACUGUGUUUGCCACUGACACCGACAUCACUUUUGUGGCCGUUACCAAGGAAACUAUUCCCCUGGAGUUCACGUGGUUCUUCGGAGAAGACCUGCCCGUGAGGACCAGGCGCAGGAGCAUCCAGAGAAGGCUCGGUGCCCCCCAGUGGUACCGAGUGGUGGUGCAGGCUUCCAAUGGAAUGGGCAGUGUGGCUUCGGAGCCCCACCGUGUCCAGGCGCAGAGGAGAGUGGUGGCCAGCGGACUCGUGGCCGCGGACUCGGCUCUGGUGAACGCUCCCGUGACCUUCCAGUGCAGAGUCAGCUUCGGCACCGACGUGGCCUACCGCUGGGACUUUGGGGACGGCACUGGUGGCCGGGGGAACAGCUCCGCCAGCCACGUCUACAGCAGGGAAGGAGAGUUCACGGUUGAGGUCGUCGCCUUCAAUGCCGUCAGCGCCGUCUCCCUGAGGAAGCGCCUUUUCAUCGUGCGCAGGCCCUGCCAGCCGCCCCCUGUGAAGAACAUGGGGCCAGGGCAAGUGCAGGUGUGGCGGGCCCAGCCUGUGACACUGGGAGUGACCUUCGAAGCCGCCAUUCUCUGUGACAUCUCCCAAGGCCUCUCCUACAGCUGGAGCCUCACCAACUCCGCGGGGUCGCCGGUGCCCCUGCCUCCUGCCAUCAGCACCCACAGGCAGACCUUCACUGUCCCCCACUACUUCCUGGAACCCGGGAACUACACUGCGCUGGCCCAAGUGCAGGUGCGAGGCAGUCCCGUGCACAGCAACUACUGCGUGGGAGUGGAGGUGUGCGCCCGGGCGCCUGUCAGCGUGAUCUCCGAGGGCACACACCUGUUCAUCCCCAGGACCCCCUUGUCUACCAUGGUCCUCAGGGGGUCCCUGUCCUACGACCCCGACAGGCCCGGGGCCACUCUGAGGUAUCACUGGGCCUGCACCCCAGCCAGUGCCCCUGGGCGCCCCUGCUUCACUGGGCCCUCUGCACACAGCCCGGAUGCCGGGGCGCCCACCCUGUCCUUCGCAGCGGACUCUCUCAGCAGUGGCUACGACCAGUUUCUUGUGACAUUGACGGUGUCCAGCCAUGGCCGGAACUCUUCCAAGGCGCAGGUGUUCCUGUCCACCCUCCCCGACGUGGCGCUCAGGCGCGUGCACAUCUCCUGGGAGACAUUCCGAGGCGUCCCUGUGAACUGGAACGAGGAGCUUUCAUUGAGGGCGGCUUGUGAAGACUGCGGGGAGGCGGCCCUCUCUUACUCCUGGGACCUCUUUUUGGUCAACGCGACAGGAAGGGACAGAGAGGAAGUUCCCUUUUGCAGAACCGUGGGGCUGCUGGGCUCCUCAGGAUUGGGGUCUGUGUCGAAGCUUCCUGAGUCCGACCCAUGGUCCCUGGGGCCACGCCGGGCAGAGCCACAUGUCACGCCUGUGCAGUUCGCUCAGAAGCCAUGGCCCUGGACCCUGGCCCAGGCUGACCUCUCAGCCACGGGGAGAGCCUCUGCGGAGUCCACGGUCCCUACACCCCAAGUUCCUGCUGCUGGUGACCCUGUGGCCCCAGAAGGGGAUCCCUGGGAUGAGGGGUCCCCGGGGAGCCCAACCCCUCACCCCCCUGACUUUGAGGCCUAUUACAGUGACGUCCAAGAAGCGGUGCCCUCGAGAGGACGGCAGCCGGCUGCCUGGACCAGCAUGCACCUCUCAGCGUCGGGACCCGGUGCCAGUGAGGACGGGAGCCGUGGGGAUGGGGACAACCUGGUGGGCCCCUUCCUCCCAACCGCCAGUGCCCGGCCUGCACUCCUGGUCGACUGGCCCAAGUCCCCCGUGAGCCGAGCUGUUUUCCAGGGCCACACCACGUCCGGGAUCACGGGACAGACGGUGACAGUGAAGCCGUACUCACUGCGCCCUGGAGAGACAUACGUCCUGCAGGCAGCGGUGGCUUCGGGGCACAGCUUUCUAGGGAAGGCUCAGCUGUAUGUGACUGUCAACCAGGCUCCGCGGGACGUGGCCUGCCAGGUGCAGCCCCACCGCGGCCUCGAGGCAGACACCGUCUUCAGCGUCUUCUGCAUGUUGGGGAGACCGGACUUCCGCUAUGAGUUUGGUUACCAGAUAGGAAACGCCUCCAAGUACACCCUGUACCGGGGGACAGACGCCCAGCACUACUUUGCAUUGCCAGCUGGGGAGCCCAUGGACGGUUAUCGAGUCCUGGUGUCCACUGUGAUCACCGAUGGUGACGGCUCCCAGACGCAGCCCUGUGCCGUGGCCGUGACUGUGCUGCCCCGUCUCCAGGGGGACCGCUGCCCCGGCGAGGAUGUGUACAAUGCUAGCCUGAGGAGCCUCUCCACCCUCCAACAGAUGGGCAGUGACACGGAAGUCAGGAACUACGUCGCCGUGACCACCGGGGUCCUGAGUCGCUGGGCUAGGGAGGGCGGGAGCCCCUCCUGUGGCCAGUGGUCCCGAAUCCAGGACGCGUUCAUUUCUUCAAUCUGCAGAUUAGCUCCCCGGGACCAGGAGGAAGCGGCCGACUCUGUCCUCCUGCUUAGGGACCUGCUGCGCUUCCCCAACAAGAUGAGCCUCGCAAGCGCUCUUCUCAUCCUCGACUGCGCGCACACGCUGCUGGCCCCCAGCCGGCCCCCCGCAGGCUGCGCGGUGGAGGCGGGCCAGGUGCGGGAGCUCAUCCUUCUCGUGUCCGGGGUCCUGGAGGCCAGCGACCACGGUCACUCAAGGAGCUCGGGCCGCCUGCUGGAGGAAGGUGCUCAGGCCAUCGCAGACGUGCUGCUGGGCUGCCUGUCCUCACGCGGCGAGCACCGGGUCCACGUGAGCGCCGGGCAGACGGAGGCCCAGGCACAGCUUUAUCGCCACCCUCAGAGCUCCGAGCAGAGCCUGGGCCCCAUCCAGGUGCGCCUCCCUGCAGACCUGGCCGGGCGGGAGCCCAGCCCGUGCUACGCGAGCCAGCUCCUGCUCUUCAGGAGGAGCCCCUUCCUGCAGGGACGCGUUCCCGGCCAGGUUGGUGCUCUGCUGGCCCUGUCCCUGCACCGCUGCUCCAGCCGAAGGCCCCUGCACAGGCCACGGCUGAGGACGCCCGUGACCGCGGAGUUCGGGGAGGAAGAUGGCCCGGGUGACAGGAGAAAUGAAACGACGUUUGUGCUGCUUCGGGAUAGAGUGAACGUCCACCACUUCACUGGGCUGUCUGCAGCCAGCCCGGAGGCCCUGCAGAUCCGAGUGGAGUUCUCCCAGCCGGCCGCCAGGGCGUUCCCCGUCAUGUUGCUGGUGAGGUUCUCCGAGAAGCCGACUCCUGCCGACUUCCUGCUGAGGCAGCUGCACCUGUGGGAGGGGCUCACGGCGCACGUCUCCGUACCGGCGGCUGCGCUGGAAGGCCACACCCAGGGGUACCUGUCCCUGUUGGAUGCGGACUACGACAGGGAACCUCCCAACAGGUACUUGGCCGAGACCGUGAGCUACGUGGUGCGUUUCCAGGGGGUCCACUGCCUGCUCUGGGACCCGCGGCGGGAGCCUGAGAGUCUCCCCCCGCAGCCGGCAGCUUCCCCAGGGAAGGUGAACUGCAGCUACGACCUCCUCGCCGCCUACUCCAUCGCAAGGAGAAGCCUGAACGCCAGCUUUGAAUCCAGGGACGUGGCCCAGUUCCGGGGACGCCCGGAAAACCUGCUCCCCAGUAUUUUUAUUGUGGCCAUUACAAUUCUUUAUGCCCUUUUGGUCACUAAAAGCAAACGUAUGGAUCGUCGCGAGAAAAAGAAAAUGGGUUACAUUUUCCUGCAAGACAGUGCCCCGCCCAGUCACCAGCUGUACGCGGUUGUCGUGGACACAGGCUUCCGGGCUCCGGCCCACUUCACCGCAAAGGUCUACAUCGUUUUAUGUGGUGAAGAUGGACUCUCAGAGCCCAGAGAGCUCUGCUGCCCAGAGAAGCCGCUGUUUGAACGGAACUCCAGACACACCUUCGUCCUCAGCACUCCGGCUGCACUGGGCCCGCUCCGGAAGGUCCGCCUGUGGCACGACAGCGGCGGGGCCUGCCCGGCCUGGUAUGUCAGCCACGUGAUGGUGAAGGAGCUGCGCCAGGGACGGGGGCGCUGGUUCUUCCCCGCCGAGUGCUGGCUGGCCGCGGGCAGGUGGGACGGCCGCGUGGAGCGGGAGCUGGCCUGUCUGCGCGGGGGCCUCGGCUUCCGGAAGCUCCUGUUCUCCAGGUUCACGGAGCAGCUGGAGGACCUCCACGUGUGGGCCUCGGUGCACAGCCGGCCGGCGGGCCGGGGCCUCCUGCACACGCCGCGCCUCAGCGUGGCCUUUGCCCUGCUGUGCGCCUACGCCUGCCUGGCGGCCCUGGUCACCACUGCAGGACACGGGCAGCUCCCGCCAAGUGUUGGCCCGGCCGGCGUCCCCCUCGGGUCCUUCUGGACGGGCUUCCUGUGCACCCUCCUGGCUUCUCCGGGGGCACAGCUCUUGUCGCUGCUCUUCAGGCUCAGCCAGCGAAGCGCACCGGCCGUUCUCUGUGGGGGAGCCCAGGCCCAGAGUGCAGCCAGCGGCGAUGGGGCCACCCAGCCGCCCCCUGAGCUGGAGGCCUGCGGGGCUGAGCUUGGCCAGUGGGCUCUGAGGGAGAAGAGAGACUGCAUUCUCGGUUUACAAGCCCCCAGCCGUGCAUUCGAAGGACACGUCACAACCCCGUGGCCAAGGGCGCCGCGGCCGUGGUUGCGCUCUGCAGCGUGGGCCAUUUGUGGGAUGGUCUCUGUGGCCUGUGGUGUGGGGACGGUGUUUCUAGGGUACAGGUUCGGCCCCACACAGUGCGGGCAGUGGCUGUGCCUGCUGACCAUCUCUGUGACCUGCUGUGUCUUCGUCACCCAGCCCUUCAUGGUGGGCCUGGUGGCUCUGGGCUUCGCUUGGAAAAGGAGAGACGACGAGAGCUUCUUCACUGAGUCUUUACGGGAGGCCACCGAGGGCCUGGGCACGGGCCUGGCGGGGCUCUCCUGCACCCGCACGCCCCACUCGCCCUGCUGCAGCCGUCCCCGCGGCCCAGGCGUGGUUGAGAGGGUCUUGGCUGAGCGACAGCGAGCUCGUCGCCUGCGCAGGGCGCAUCCACCGUCCACAGCGUGGCUCAGGGCCACGCGGGAGAAGAUGCGGAGACAGACGCGCACCCGGGCAGUGCUGAGGGACACCUGCAUGUCCGUCCUCAUGCUGCUCCUACACCUGCUUAUAACCCACGCGCCUUCCACCCGGGAUGAGCACUCUCUCAACCACGCCAUCCGGAACACCUUCGCCAGAGGUGCCAGGAGCUCCUCCGGCAGCCUAAGCAGCGUGGAUGCCUGGUGGGACUGGAGCCUGACCACACUGCUGGAUGGCGUGUACCCGGUCGGCGUGCCCGGCGCUCAGCCUGGAGCUCUCGGAGGAACAUGCUACCUCAUAGGCCCGGCAGUCCUUAAGCAAAUAAGACUUUCUCCUGGCCCUUCAUGUGAGCUUCCCAGGCCACUCUCCAUGCUCCCGGAAGACUCUCUACCUACGUGUCACCCCAAAGUUGGAGGCUCUGAAACCCCCUCUGUCACCAACGCAGAGACCCAAAGAGUGGCCCCAAGUGACCCCACAGCCUGCAGGGAGCACUGUGAGCUCAGCCUGGGCAGGACAAGGCCCGCAGCCCGCGCAGUGCUGACUGGCCUCAGGGCUCGCCGCUGGGUGGACCACCGCACCAAGGCCGUGUCCGUGCACUUCGUCCUCUACAACCCUCCUACCCGCCUCUUCUCCAGCGUGUCCCUGCGUGCUGCGCUGCUCCCGGCCGGGGGCCUCACCCUUUCCCCCCUCGUGGAGUCGGUCACCGUCUUCCACAGUGACUCAGCCCCCAGGUACCACCUGCUGCUUCCCCAGCUGGCCUUCCUGGCGCUCACCCUGACCCACCUGUGUCUCCAGCUCUUCCGCCUGGCCGAGGAGGGCGUCCGUGGCUACUGGCAAAAACCCGGGGCCUGGCUGGAGCUGCCCCUCGCCGGGGCCGGCCUGGCCUGGUACGCAGCCUCCGGCCACCUGCUCUCUCUGGCCGGGGAGGUGACCGAGCAGUUGCACAUGGGACUCCUGCGGGGCUUUGUGGACCUCAGUCCCAUGGCGUCAUGGAAUCAGAGGGCGAGGUGGCUCCAGGGAACCCUGUCGUUCCUCCUGACCCUGAAAUGCCUCCGUCUGCUCGGCUCUCACAGCGCAGUGGCGUCCUGCAUCUUCGCCACACGCCGCUCCCUCGCGGGCGUCCUCGCACCAGGGCUCAGAGGUUCCCUCAUGGCUUUUGUUCCCAAACGAAAAUCUUUUCAAAGCCAAUCUCUUGUGAGACUUGGAGACGUGAUGGCCUAUGUGUGGGGGGCGGCCUGCUCUGCGCUGGGGCUGGAGAGGCGGCCGCCGGAGGAGGCUGAGCCGGCCACGCGCCACAACCCCUCCCUGGAUGAGUUUGCAGACCUGCUGGAUGAACUGCUGCUGAAGAUCGACAGUCUGUCCGCCCGCCUCCCCGUCCCUCUCCCAGUGCAGCCGCCCCGGGACGCGCCGCAGGCUGGGGCCGGGGCCGAAGGCAGCCCCUCGCUGGGGGCGUCUGAUGACCAGGCUGCGAGGGCAUCGAGAAACCGCUGCGGCCUGGGCUGUGCUGAGGUGCUUACAACACGGGUCUCCUUCACGCACGAGGAACGCCAGGCCCCCAGAGCUCAGCACAAGUUCAAGUGUGAGGGCGCAGGAGGUGAAGCCAGCAAACCCUCAUGCUGCUGGGGCACCGCAGGUUCCUGCCAACGCGCCCAGAAACGGCUGGAGACACGCCGCCUCCUGUACGGCCUCCUGUACGCCCUGCGGGAGCGGGAGGUGCUGUCCUCUGUAAUCCCCUUCGGGACGCUGGACACAGCCCCCU